GGACUUUUUAAAGGCAAAAGUUUACUUGACGCCCACAUGUUAAUGGGUUUCCAUCUGGGUCCCUCUUCCCACCUAUCUAUCUACAUGCAAACCUCCAUAGCACGGACAUCAAGCAUGCUCCUACACUAGCCCAGACAGACACGGAAGGAAUACACUGCAGAAUAGCGGUCGCCCAGAGCUUCAAAGCCAGGUCGGUUGGAGCAUAGGUGGCGCUUCUGAUGUCAAUAGGAAUCUCUCUAUAGUUCUCGGGCUAGGCCUGAGCAGAGGCUGCAGUGCAUUUGAGAGGAAUGAGAGAAAACACUGAGGGGCGGAGUGCGGGGAAGCCCAGACCCAUCGAGGUGUGUCUGCAAGGCAUGGGAAGACGAGCAGCCUAUGACAGGCAUGAAAAGUCCCAAUACCGAAGCUAGACCGAACCAAGAAGUGUACUGCACAUGCGGUCCAAAGGCAGGGCAUGGCAAGCAAUUGAAUAAGAAGAAUGGGCCCCUGGCUUCUGGCCAGAAUUGUCUCCAGCUUGUCCAUCCAGUCGUUCUGGAGUCUUUCGUUCUCUCAUCCGUCGCUGUCAUCACCCUCAUCCUCAUCCUCGUUGCCAUCCUCAGUCCAACAUCUGAAUACGACACUCUCUUGUACUCGGUGGCCCCACAUUGA